CUGGAUCUUUCUAGAUGCAGACCUGGGGGUGGAGCUAGAGUCUCACACACUGAGACCGUGUAGUGUAGAUUGUAGAGUAUCUGUCAACAAUAGAUUAAAUUUCAAAAAUGAGCGAUAACGACAAAGGCCGGGUUAAGGUUGGACGAAGAAAAUACGGAAGAAGUCCACUUUAUUUUCAAUAAUAUGAAGCUCAGAUGUGUGAAGCUGAAUUGUUGAAUGCAUGCUAAAACAUGAGGAGGGAAGAAGUAUGGGCAGUGUGUGAGAGAUGGGGAAGUAAGAAGAAGUAAGACAAUUGAAGAAAGAAGAAUAAUGUCAAGUAAUGAAGUUACAGAAAUGAAGGAGUCUCGCUCUGCAUCCAGGAGCGUGAGCCCACGGGGCUCUGGGAAGUCGGGGAGCCAGUCCCCAGCUCAAUCCCCUGCCCACUCAAAAGGAGGCUCCCACUGCUCCCGCUCCAAAUCUCGCUCUCGGUCAAGGUCAAAAUCUUGGUCACAUUCCCACCGCUCACGGAGACACUACAGCCGAUCCCGCUCCCGAUCACGGUCCUAUCAUCACCGAUCUCACAGUAGGUCCUACAGCGGAGAGCGUCGGCGCAGAAGCCACAGCCAUUCACCCAUGUCCAAUCGUCGGAGGCACAUUGGCAACCGUGCUAAUCCAGAUCCGAAUUGCUGCCUGGGAGUCUUUGGCCUGAGCUUGUACACCACAGAGAGGGAUCUGAGGGACGUCUUCUCCAAAUACGGCCCCCUGGAGGAUGUUUCCAUUGUGUAUGACCAGCAAUCGAGGCGCUCCAGGGGCUUUGCUUUUGUGUAUUUCGAGAACACAGAUGAUGCCAAAGAGGCGAAGGAGCGAGCCAAUGGCAUGGAGCUGGACGGGCGUACAAUCAGGGUGGACUUCUCCAUCACAAAAAGACCUCACACCCCAACACCUGGAAUUUACAUGGGCCGGCCCACAUACGGAGGAGGCGGCCCAAGCGGUCCCCGACGCUAUUCACGUGACUACGACCGUGGUUACGACCGUGGAUACGAUCGUGGAUAUGACCGAGGUGGAUACGACCGCUAUGAUGACAGGGACUACUACAGAUCAUACAGAAGGCGAUCUCCUUCACCUUACUACAGAGGCGCUUACAGGUCUCGAUCGAGGUCACGGUCUUAUUCUCCCCGUCGAUAUUGAAGGCUUCUGUCCCCUUAUCUUCCCAAACGUGCAGAAUUUUUUUGUUUGUUUUUUUUUUUUGUGGGGGGUUGUUAUGUUUUGUAAAGACAGAUAUGAUUAACUUCAGAGUACAUCUUUCUUACUGUAAUCAUCAAACAUCUUUUUGCUUAAAAUACAAAAGUAUAGUAAAUUUAUGAAGCGGUGCUUUCAUGUUUUGAACGCCUGUUGUAAAUGUUAUACUCAUGUCAGAUUUUUGUUGUAUAGUGGAGCAGAUUAAAAAGCAGAUCUGUUUUUCCCA